AUGGAUCGCACCGGCGGCUCCGGCGGGGGCAGCGACCGCAGGCAGACCGAGGAGAGCAAGCCGCUGCUGGGCGAGAUGUCCGCUCCCGAGGGGAAUAAAAUGGGUGCCGCGCCGUGCCGGAGAGCCCUGCUCCACUGCAACGGCAUGAGGUACAAGCUGCUGCAGGAGGGGGACAUCCAGGUGUGUGUCAUCCGGCACCCCCGGACGUUUCUCAGCAAGAUCCUCACCUCCAAGUUCCUGCGGCGGUGGGAGCCGCACCACUUGACCCUGGCGGACAACAGCGUCGCCUCGGCCACGCCCACUGGGUACAUGGAAAACUCCAUUUCCUACAGUGCUAUUGAAGAUGUUCAACUGCUCUCCUGGGAGAAUGCCCCUAAGUACUGUUUACAGCUCACAAUCCCAGGGGGUACUGUCUUACUGCAGGCUGCAAACAGUUACCUGAGGGAUCAGUGGUUCCAUUCUUUGCAGUGGAAGAAAAAGAUUUACAAGUACAAGAAGGUGCUCAGUAACCCCAGCCGCUGGGAGGUGGUGUUGAAGGAGAUCAGGACGCUGGUGGACAUGGCGCUGACGUCUCCGCUUCAGGAUGACUCUAUUCACCAAGCACCGCUGGAGAUUGUCUCAAAACUGCUCUCAGAGAACAACAGCUUAACCACUCAAGACCAUGAGAGCAUUAUUGUGGCGAUUGCACCUUUGCUGGAAAACAAUCAUCCUCCUCCUGACCUUUGUGAAUUCUUCUGCAAGCACUGCCGAGAGCGCCCGCGGUCCAUGGUUGUGAUAGAAGUGUUCACACCAGUGGUACAGAGGAUUCUCAAACACAACAUGGAUUUUGGGAAGUGCCCUCGGUUGCGGCUGUUUACUCAGGAGUAUAUUCUGGCUUUGAAUGAGCUGAAUGCUGGAAUGGAGGUGGUGAAGAAGUUUAUUCAUAGCAUGCAUGGUCCAACUGGACAAUGCCCCCAUCCCCGGGUGCUGCCAAAUCUUGUAGCUGUCUGCUUAGCAGCCAUUUAUUCGUGUUACGAGGAAUUUAUCAACAGUCGAGACAAUUCGCCGAGCCUGAAGGAAAUUCGGAAUGGCUGCCAGCAGCAGUGUGACCGAAAGCCUAAUCUCCCCCUCCGCCUUCUUCACACAAGUCCUGACCUGGUCUCUCAAGAGGCCACCUUGACUGAAUCCCGUCUCAAACCAGUUAUUGUCACUUCAAAUGAGAUCCACGUGGAAGUGGAGCGCAACAACACAGCUAAUCAGAAGAUGACAGCCAACGUUGGCAAUGACAGCGAGCCCAACCUGAUUGACUGCUUGAUGGUCAGUCCUACCUGCAGCACCAUGAGCAUUGAGCUGAGUGCUCAGGCAGACAGGAUCCUUGGCUGUUAUGUUGAAAUACUCAAGAUGCUAUCAGACUAUGAUGACUGGAGACCAGCCCUGGCCAGCUUGCUUCAACCUAUCCCAUUUCCCAAGGAGGCUCUUGCACAUGAGAAAUUCACAAAGGAGCUGAAAUACGUGAUUCAGAGAUUUGCAGAAGACCCGAGGCAAGAAGUCCACUCAUGUUUGCUGAGUGUGCGGGCUGGCAAAGAUGGCUGGUUCCAGCUCUACAGCCCUGGAGGAGUGGCAUGUGAUGAUGAUGGAGAGCUGUUUGCCAGUAUGGUUCAUAUUUUAAUGGGAUCCUGCUAUAAAACAAAGAAGUUCCUGCUUUCACUGGCUGAAAAUAAAUUGGGACCUUGCAUGCUACUGGCUUUGAGGGGUAACCAGACGAUGGUAGAGAUUUUGUGUUUGAUGCUGGAAUACAACAUCAUUGACAACAACGACACCCAGCUCCAGAUCAUCUCUACCCUGGAAAGCACAGACGUGGGAAAGAGAAUGUAUGAACAGCUGUGUGACAGGCAGAGGGAGUUAAAAGAGCUGCAAAGAAAAGGCGGUCCCACAAGGUUAACACUGCCAUCUAAGUCCACAGAUGCAGACCUGGCCCGCUUGCUAAGCUCGGGAUCUUUUGGAAAUUUGGAAAACCUUAGCCUGGCUUUUACCAAUGUGACAAGUGCUUGUGCUGAGCACCUCAUUAAACUGCCUUCACUCAAGCAGCUGAACCUGUGGUCAACUCAGUUCGGAGAUGCAGGGUUACGGCUUCUGUCUGAACACCUCACGAUGCUGCAAGUGCUCAACCUCUGCGAGACUCCUGUCACGGAUGCUGGGCUGCUGGCACUUAGUUCCAUGAAGAGCCUGUGUAGUUUAAAUAUGAACAGCACCAAACUUUCAGCAGAUACCUACGAAGAUCUCAAGGCUAAACUACCCAAUCUGAAAGAAGUGGACGUCCGCUACACCGAAGCAUGGUGAACUCUCCCUGCCUCCGACUCUUCUCUUUUGCUUCUCAUGAGAAGGAAAAGAUUUUUAAAACAAACAGAGAAAAACAAACCGGAAAAUAACUUUUGGCUAGUACCUGUAGAGCAGUGAGUCCUGGGACUUGGUGUAGGAGUUGUGGUUGUGGGGUAGAGGAGUGGCGUUGUGUGUGUCGGGGGGGACGGGGCAAGCCUGGACCCG